UCCUCUCCUCUUCUUAAUUAAAUCCCUCUCAUCUACUUCUUUCUGCAUCAACAUUGUCCAUUGAGCAGCUGUAGAGCACACUUCACUUAGUGAGGGAGUGAAACAAUGGAGGUUUGGAGAGGAAGAACUGGUGCAACCACGAAUCUGGCUCUUGUCGCUGUUGUGUUGGCUGCAAUGGUGGAAAUCUCCGCGGGGCAAGGGCUGGUCCCUGGUGUCAUGAUCUUCGGAGACUCCGUCGUCGACGCCGGAAACAACAAUAACCUUGCCACUCUUGUCAGGGCCGACUUCCCUCCUUAUGGAAGAGACUUUCUGCAGCACAAGCCCACAGGAAGGUUCUGCAAUGGCAAGCUUGCAACUGACUUCACCGUCGAGAACCUCGGAUUCACUUCAUAUCCACCAGCCUACCUCAGCAAUGAAGCUGCAGGAACAAAUCUCUUGAAUGGCGCCAACUUUGCCUCGGCUGCGUCUGGAUACUUGAACAGCACUGCAAAUCUCUAUCAUGCAAUCCCUCUAGCCCAGCAGGUGCAGUACUACAAGGAGUACCAGUCCAAAGUGGAAACCAUUGCCGGGAGAGAAAAAGCGAGAACCCUAUUCAGUGGUUCCAUCUACAUUCUCAGCGCUGGGAAUAGCGAUUUCAUCCAGAACUACUACGUCAAUCCUAUGCUCAGUGGAAGUUACAACCCUGAUCAGUUCUCUGGCUUGCUGGCGAAAUCUUUUACCAAUUUCGUUCAGAAUGUGUACGAUUUGGGAGCACGCAGAGUCGGUGUCACAUCUCUACCCCCAAUGGGGUGCCUUCCAGCAGCCAUCGCUUUGUUUGGUGGUGGCAAUAAUGGCUGCGUAACACGGCUCAAUAACGAUGCAGUCGCCUUCAACACGAAGAUCAACACGGCUGCUGAAGCCCUGAAAAGAAGUCACCCUGAUCUGAGGCUAGUCAUCUUCGACAUCUAUAAACCUCUCCUGGACCUGAUCAACAACCCUGGGAGCAAUGGUUUCUUCGAGUCAAAGCGAGCUUGCUGUGGCACAGGGACAAUCGAGACAUCGCUUCUUUGCAACACAGGAACGCUGGGGACAUGCAUCAACGCCACUGGGUAUGUGUUCUGGGAUAGCUUUCAUCCUUCGGAGGCUGCUAACAGGGUCUUGUCUGAUGCUCUCCUGCUCCAGGGCAUUGAUCUGAUCUCAUAAGAAAUGCAUGCGAUCGAGCCUUUGCCUUUUCUCUAGAACUCUACUACUUCUACUGCACUUAGAAUUGUCUGAGGAAGUUGUUUGUCUUGUCCACUAUUAUGCUAGUCUUGUCUCUGAAGGUGGUUAGCUUAACCGCUAUUAUUAGAUUUGAACUUCUACGUUGAUGAUUUAGCCAAGCCAUGCUGUUGCUUGUUAUUUAAUAAUGCUUUUGCUGGUUCA